AUGGCACUGCUGUCGCCUCCGCCGCACAAGCACGCUGAUGUGGGGAAUCCCUCGUCGCCCCCGCAGAGCAAGAAAAAGCGGCGCUCGCCGUACAAGUGCCACAAGUGCGGGAAGCCCAAGAAGGGCCACAUCUGCACUGCCGUGGACCCGUCGAGCCUCGCCCUCUUCAAGGAGCGCGAGGCACGCCCUCCCCAGCCGGCCUACCCGCACCACCAGCACCACCCGCAGGACUCGCCCCCCUCGGCCGGCAGCCUCUCCCUGGCCUCCCUCGCCGCCACGUCGUCCGCCCUCUCGCCCUCCUACGCCGGCGUGUCCUCCUCCUCCUCGGCAUCGUCGCCCUACUCCUCCUCCCUGUCCUCCUCCCUGUCCUCUUCCUCCUCCUCGUCGUCGGUUUCUCACCAUCAUCACCACCACCACCUCGCGCUGCCCACGCCGUCGGACGACUGGACGAUGCGCGUCGUGGAAGGUGACGAAGCCGACAUGGAGGCGGCCAACGGUGGCCAAGGACUGCGCAGGCGGCGGAAGUCAGGCGCGAGCGGGACGACGACGACGAAAAAGAGGAAGAAGAAGCGGGGAGGAGGAGGACAGCGCCGACGAGGCAGCCGGAGCAGCCGGGGAGCCAACAGCGGCGAGGGGCUUCCGGGGGACCACACCGAUGACUACGAAGAAGACGAAGCGGAGAUAGACGAGGACGACGACGAGGACGGCGGGGACCAGGACGGCGAGGACGACGAGGACGACGACGAGGUGGAGGAGGGGGACCUUCUGGCGGCGGGUGAGGAGGUGAUGGGGGCGGGCGUGUCGCGGCGCAACCUGGUUCCGUUCCUGGGCGACAUGGCGGCCCUCUACAACACGUCCUCGGACAACCUCUUCCCCACCGAUGCCCUCUCCCGCUACGAGCUCAGCGGGUCCAACCCCAUGGAAGCCGCCGCCUACGGCUCUGGCUCGUCGUGGGCCAACUGGGGCGCCCUUGGCGAGACUCCCGCGGCAGAGGAGGACUUUGACAUCUCGCUGUUCGGGUACAUCGACGAGCGGCCGCCCGAGAAGGUGUCGGGCGUGGGCAUCACCCUCGACCAGAAGAAGGUGCCCUUCUUCGUUUCCUGGUUCGAGAUGGCUGCGUCGGGCCUCGACAUGCUGGAGACCUUUCUCAAGACGCAACGGCCGGCGUGGCGAGCGCUACCGGGGGUGCUUGAAGACCUCCACGAGCAGAAGAGGAAGCUCAACGCCUGGAAGGACAACUUUGGCAAGGAGGUGAUCGGCAAGGCUCUGCACGAGCAGCAGCAGCAAGCCGACAGCAGCUCGGCAGCAGCUUCCACACGGGUUGGGGGUCACGUGCUGUUCGCGAGAGAUGCGGAGGUGAUGGCGAUGAUGCUCGUCGAUCAGCAGCAGCAGCAGCAGCACCAGCAGCACGGAACCCAGCGGGGUACGACGACCGCCAAGCGGAGAACGCCGGAUGCCGACGACCAGGUCGCCCGUCAGGAGGAAGAGGAGCGCGAGCCCAUCGCACCCCCCAAACGACGAAAAAACGAAGCGGCAGCGGCAGCAGCAGCAGACCCGCUAGGCUCAUCAUCACACCUUGCCGCCGCCGCCGCGCACCAGCCAUGA